GCCGUUGGCUCCCGCGCGAGGGCGGUACUGGCCGCGGGAGGUUGGGAGCCGGCGGGCAGCGCACGGCGGACGUUUCCCGGCAGCCUGGCGCUCUUUGUUCCCGCGGCAGCGGGGAGCCGGCCCGCCCCUGCCUGGACGAGACGCAGGUGAAAUGAUGAUGUCACUUGGGAGAACUCAGAACCCGGUUGGAGGGGUCCCCUCUCGCGGCCUCCUACCUCCGCGGGUUUCUGGACAGGCUCCGUUUUGUUCUCAGUGGAUGGAAGUUCUUCCUUUCAGGGCUGAAGAAUGAGAGAGAUAUCUCCCGGGGCAAAUUCAGCACCUCUACCUGGCCAUCCUAACAAGGUGAUUUGUGAAAGGGUGAGACUUCCGAGCCUGUUCCCUCUUCUCCCAAGUGAUCAGAACACUACCAUUCAAGAGGAUGCUCACUUCAAAGCUUUCUUCCAGAGUGAAGAUAGUCCAAGUCCUAAGAGACAGCGCCUCUCUCAUUCAGUCUUUGAUUAUACAUCAGCAUCACCAGCUCCCUCACCACCAAUGCGACCAUGGGAGAUGACAUCAAAUAGGCAGCCCCCUUCAGUUCGACCAAAUCAGCAUCACUUCUCAGGGGAACGAUGUAACACACCUGCACGCAACAGGAGAAGUCCUCCUGUUAGGCGUCAGCGAGGAAGAAGGGAACGUCUGUCUCGACAUAAUUCCAUUAGUCAAGAUGAAAACUAUCACCAUCUCCCUUAUGCACAACAGCAAGCAAUAGAGGAACCUCGAGCCUUCCACCCUCCGAAUGUAUCUCCCCGUCUGUUACAUCCAGCUGCUCAUCCACCCCAGCAGAAUGCAGUCAUGGUUGACAUACAUGACCAGCUCCAUCAAGGAACAGUUCCUGUCUCCUACACUGUAACCACAGUGGCGCCCCAUGGGAUUCCUCUCUGCACAGGCCAGCACAUCCCUGCUUGCAGUACACAACAGGUCCCAGGAUGCUCUGUUGUUUUCAGUGGACAGCACCUCCCUGUCUGUAGUGUGCCUCCUCCAAUGCUUCAGGCAUGUUCAGUUCAGCACUUGCCAGUACCAUAUGCUGCGUUCCCACCCCUCAUUUCUAGUGAUCCGUUUCUUCUACAUCCUCCUCAUCUUUCUCCCCAUCAUCCUCCUCACUUGCCACCACCAGGCCAGUUUGUCCCUUUCCAAACACAGCAGUCACGAUCGCCUCUGCAGAGGAUAGAAAAUGAAGUGGAGCUCUUAGGAGAACAUCUUCAAGUAGGCAGUUUCACUUAUCCCCCUUCGGCCCACCCCCCAACAUUACCUCCGUCAGCUCCUUUGCAGUUCCUGACACAUGACCCUUUGCAUCAGGAGGUGUCCUUUGGAGUACCUUAUCCACCAUUUAUGCCUCGGAGACUCACAGGACGUAGCAGAUACCGAUCCCAGCAGCCAGUGCCCCCUCCUCCCUACCAUCCCAGCUUACUGCCAUAUGUGUUAUCAAUGCUUCCAGUGCCACCUACAGUCGGCCCAACCUUCAGCUUUGAAUUGGAUGUGGAAGAUGGAGAAGUUGAAAAUUACGAAGCCCUGUUAAACCUGGCAGAGAGACUGGGAGAGGCGAAACCUCGGGGACUGACUAAAGCGGAUAUUGAACAGCUCCCUUCUUACAGGUUCAACCCUAGCAACCACCAGUCAGAGCAGACUUUGUGUGUAGUAUGCAUGUGUGAUUUUGAGUCAAGGCAGCUUCUUAGAGUCUUACCCUGUAACCACGAGUUCCAUGCCAAGUGUGUUGAUAAAUGGCUUAAGGGAAAUCGUACUUGCCCAAUUUGCCGAGCUGAUGCUUCUGAAGUGCACCGGGAUUCAGAGUGACCAGCCUAAGAGCACAGAUUUAGUUUGGGUGUUCCUCAUCACAUGUAUAUAUGGACUAUCCACUGAACUUAACCUGUGUGGCUUCCAGCCCUCCCUUUACCAAAAGGGUCAAUGGACCUUUCUUUGCACUGUGUGACUUAAUCAACUAUAAAAGCUUACAAUUAGUCUUCACAAUUAUGGGAUUGUUAUACUAACUGUGUGAUUGGAACUCCAAAGACCUUUUCUUUAGCUUAAUUUUGUGUGUGCACUAACAUUCCCUGGUUUUUGUGUGAUCAUUCCGAGUGUUGCUGCAAGAUUACAGUGGACGUGAUCUUUUAGCAUGUGCUUUUAUAAAAAGUGGUAGCUCCAGAUGACAUAGCAAUCUACCUUAUAUAGAGCCUUCAGAAACUGUGAGUGGAAGUGAGUGCAGCGGACGACUGCUGGUGAUCAGUGAAUCUGUGAGCGAGUGUGUGCAACUACAUGUGUGGGGGCAUGGUAGCUACUGUGUGUGUGAGAUCCUAUAUACCAGCAUGUACCAAGAAUGUGUGUGUAGUUUUAAUUAUGCUGCAAUGUAUAAUCUGGUGUGUUAUUUAAACAGCACUAGUACUGUACACUGGUUUUCCCUUGUGUUUGCUGUUGCACACUGAUUGCUAAGGGUGCAUCGAUUCUAAGCAUUGAAUACUCCAUCCCCUCCCUCCCUCCCAAUGAAUGGAAUGAGAAAAGCCUUCCUUUGCUUCAGGCAGCUGUUCCCUUCUCUUCCUUGGUGAUCCUAAAUGGGUCACUUAAAAAAGUGUCAGAUUCUCGCUCCAUGACCUGAUUUUUUUUUUUUCCAGUUCUAUUGUAAAAGAGAUUUAAAUCUCCAACUUGCUAUUUCCAAAAAGAAGGUGCAAUAUCAUAUACAUCAUCAUUAGCAAUAUUAGCAUUUCAAUCAGUGAUCUGAUAUUACUUGGUUUUCCUUUACAUUUCUAGUAGCUUCUUACAGAAAGGACCUGCGUUUUUAUUAAUGUGUAGAUUUCUGGUCUGUUCUGAAGAUGUUUGAGUAAUAUAUUUUAUAAACACCA